AUGAAGCUUUCCACUGCACUGGUACUGUUCGCUACGCUGCUCCCCUUCGCCGCCGCAGGCCCCUGCUGCAAUUCCAAAAACGGCAAUUGCGGUGACGGCACCAGAGGAACCCCCUGCUGUGGCUACAGGACCUGCAAUAUCUUCUGCUGCGACUGCGGAGGCGGUUGUCGACACAGCAUCUCUCUCAACAAAUUCACCCUUGCGCGUCUGCAGUCGAAGCAUGCGUCGGGUGCGGAAGAGGCUUUUGAGCUUGCUAAAGAAGCUGAUACUGGCGAGCUUACUCUCCGUCAGUAUACCGAGUACAUGGGCGUGGCGGCUGACGACCCCGUCUACGUUGACUGGUUUUACAAACACGACACAAAUGGCGAUGGCGUCAUCACUGUCGACGAAAUCCGCCUUCAGGACGAGCUGGAGUUGUAG